AAUUUAUUGAGCUACUGAUCACACUCUACAGAAAAAAGAAGCUCACCUGAACUCUUUAGGAAGGCGAAAAUGGCUGAGCUGCAGAUGGUUGGGGUCCAACUUCCAAGAGUGAAACUGGGAAAUCAGGGAUUAGAGGUCUCAGAGCUGGGGUUUGGUUGUAGGGGACUGUCCGGAGGCUACAACAAUCCUGUCCCUGACGAUGUUGGUAUUGCAAUUAUCAAGCAUGCAUUCAGUAAAGGAAUCACGUUCUUUGAUACAGCAGAUGCUUAUGGAGCCCAGGCUAAUGAAGUCUUGAUUGGGAAGAUAUCGGAUCUUGAAGGCAUUAUCUUGAAGGCAUUAAAGGAGUUACCUCGAGAAAAGAUCCAGCUGGCCACCAAAUUUGGUCACGCUGGUUUUGACCCUGCCACUGGCUUGAUAAUGAAUGGUACCCCUAAGUAUGUUCGCUCCUGUUGUGAGGCUAGCCUGAAACGUCUUGAAGUGGAAUACAUUGAUCUCUAUUAUCUACACAGGAUUGACAAGUCAGUACCUAUAGAGGAAACUAUGGGGGAGCUUAAAAAGUUGGUUGAAGAGGAGAAAAUUAAGUACAUUGGGUUAUCUGAAGCCAGCCCAGACACAAUAAGGAGGGCUUAUGCAGUUCAUCCAGUUACUGCCUUACAAAUGGAGUGGUCCCUCUGGACCCGUGAUAUUGAGGAAGAAAUAGUCCCUCUUUGCAGACAACUUGGAAUUGGGAUAGUUCCAUACAGUCCUCUUGGACGUGGGUUUUUUGGCGGCAAGGCUGUUGAUGAAAAUGUUCCUGCAAACAGUUUCCUGAGAUCAAUUCCUAGGUUUCAAGGUGAGAACUUUGAAAAGAACAAGAUCAUAUACACUAAAAUUGAGAUGUUGGCAGAAAAGUACAGAUGCACCCCUGCACAGCUUGCACUAGCUUGGGUUCUUCAUCGAGGGGAUAAUGUGGCACCUAUCCCUGGAACCACUAAGAUUAAAAAUCUUGAUGAUAAUAUUGGUUCCUUGAGAUUGAAUCUCACAAAGGAAGAUUUAGAAGAGAUAUCUGAUGCAGUACCACUGACUAAGGUGGCAGGAGCUAGAGCACCUGACGUUUUGACUGGCACCUUAUGGCGGUUUGCAAAUACACCUGCAAGAGUAUGAAGACAAUGAAUUGAGGUAUCUGGAUAUGCAAUCUGAUUCCGAAAUCAUAAUUUCCUCACUGACUAAAUAAAUGAGUAUGAAAACAGGAAUUAAGAUAUCUUUGGUUGAACCUGAUGUGGAACAACAUUGGCUUCCUCUUUGACCAAGAGUGAAAAUCAUAGUCAAAGCCAUAUCAGCAUAAGCCAGAUUAAGAGAGAUAUAGUUUCUGUUUGUUUAUCUGUCUGUUUAUAUCAUGAGAUAUUGGAAAUGUAGGACUGGGCAAUGCUGUUGGAUGUUGUCUGUUUUGCUAUGAUUGUGAUGUAACUGAAAGAUUGCAUAACAUGCUAUAGAUGAGAUCAGGAGACUUGCAUUUCAUUUCCUC